AGUACAAAGCAUUGAUAACAAUCCACGUACGAUGUCCAAAAGUCAUGAUAGAAAACAGUGAUAAUUGCAUAGACAAAGUCACAUCAUAAACCAACUUUCAGGUCAAUUACUAGUGAUGUUCCAACGCCGAACGUGUUGCCAGUUCAAAGAUCACCUCUAAAACAACAGCGAGAUGACAUCGAAAACCGGUCUGCUGACGGCAGUGCACCUAGCAAACAUUACCAGCACUUUGGCCGCUACUCGUAAGUACGCGCUUGGCACCCUGUACGUGCAGUUGCAUCCAAAGUUCACAGACAAAACCAGAGUGACAGCUUUCGAUAAAUUCAUCGCAAGUGUGUACCAAAGCUCACCGCUAGAGCUCGGCGCAGGGGUGGAUCUGCGCUUCAUCGUGAGCUCCCUUAAAACGAAUGAUUUUCGGUCGAUAAACCGAAAAAUUGAUUUUCUUUUUUUCGACUAUCCGAUUGCGACAUGUGGCAACAGUUCGGACCUUCCACCUCUUUAUAACGAAUCGCAGAUUAUCGAACUAACAGGAAAACCAUUUUCGAUCGACGUCAGUGGUUUGAGUGAGCCAACACAAACGUACAAAAAUGUGGUUCUGGGAGGUACCUUCGAUCGGCUGCACGUUGGUCAUAAGGUUCUACUCACCCAAGCCGUUUUGCUUGCCGAGGAACGGCUGAUUGUUGGCGUGACGGAUGAAAACAUGACGAAAAGCAAAAAGUUGUGGGAGUUGAUAAUGCCAGUUGAGAAAAGAAUCGCCGAGGUUCGGGAGUUUUUAGAGGAAAUCGACUCAACGCUAAAGUACGAAAUUGUUCCGAUCAGCGACCCGUUCGGUCCAACGGCAACUGACCCAAACAUGGAUAUGAUCGUUGUUAGCACUGAAACGGCCCGCGGAGGUGCCAAAGUUAACGAGCUGCGCUUGAAAAAUGGCCUUAAUCAGUUGCAGGUGUACGUCAUCGAUCUGUUGGACGAAGAGCUGACCAUCGACGACAAAGAGGACAAGAUUAGUUCCAGUAAUCGACGAAUGGACCUGCUUGGAACACGUCUUAAGCAACGCACUCCCAAGCCGCAUCUAAGUCCGAAACCGUACAUUAUCGGACUGGUUGGCGGUGUGGCGGCUGGGAAAAGUAAAAUGACAGAACGUUUUCAGAAGCUGGGAGCCGGAGUGAUUGAUUGUGAUAAAAUUGCGCACGAGCUGUACGAACCGGGCGAGGACUGUUACCAGGCGGUUUUGAACAACUUUGGUGUUGGUAUAUUGAACGAAGAUAAAACAAUUAAUCGUAAGGCUCUGGGGGAGAUUGUGUUCUCGGAUCCGGACAAGCUGGACCUGCUGAAUGCGAUCCUGUGGGAUGCUAUAUUGGAGCGAGCUAAGGAACGAAUCGCUUUUUUGCAUGGGAAACAGCACAAACAGAUUAUCAUCAUGGAAGCGGCCGUUUUGUUGAAAGCGGGGUGGCAGACUGCCUGUCACGAGAUAUGGUCCUGUAUCAUUCCGAAGGAGGAGGCUGUUAAGCGAUUGUUCGAAAGGAACGGGUUGAAUGAGGAGGAAGCCCUGAAGAGGAUUCAAGCGCAGAUAAGUAACACGGAGUUGGUUAGACAAUCGGAUGUGGUGUUUUGCACCGCCUGGAGCCAGGAGUAUUCUCAGAUGCAGGCGGAGAAGAUUUGGGCUACUUUGCAGGAGGAGUUGAAAUUGAAGUUGUGAAUCGUAUCGUCGUUUUGGGUUUUGGGUAAUAAAAAGG